CCGUGCAAAAUCUCGUCGAAAAGUACAAUAUCUCUUACAAGGACAUCGGUUUUCUUGAAGUUGGUACUGAGACUAUCAUUGAUAAGUCAAAAUCUGUAAAAAGUGUUUUAAUGCAACUCUUUGUUGAAUCUGGAAACACCAGUGUCGAAGGAAUUGACAGUAAAAAUGCUUGUUACGGAGGUACGAAUGCUCUUUUCAACGCCUUAAACUGGAUGGAAUCGUCUUCUUGGGAUGGUCGUUAUGCACUUGUUGUUGCUGCAGAUAUUGCAGUCUAUGCUACAGGACCAGCACGUCCUACUGGUGGCGCCGGAUGUGUUGCAUUGCUAAUUGGUAAAGAUGCACCAAUUGUUUUUGAUCGCGGUCUUCGUGCAACUCAUAUGGAUCACGCAUGGGACUUCUAUAAACCUGAUUUAUCUUCGGAAUUCCCAGUGGUUGAUGGACACCUCAGUAAUGCUUGUUAUUUGAAAUCCUUGGAUUUGUGUUACAAUCGCUAUAUUGAAAAAUUAAUUGCCAAAGAAAAAAUAGACAGACCUACCAUAAACUACUUUGAUUAUAUGCUUUUCCACGCGCCUUACUGCAAGCUCGUACAAAAAUCUUAUGCUAGGCUAUUCUAUAAUGAUUUUGUUUACAAUGCCGAAGACCCUUGUUUUAAAAACGUUCAACAAUUCAAGGGUAUGAAUAUUGAGGAGUCUUUGCAAUCAAAAGAGCUUGAAAAGGCAUUUGUUGAGGUUUCUAAACCUUCGUAUACAAACAAAGUUUUACCCAAUUUAUUGGCUGCUACCAAAAUAGGAAAUAUGUACUGCGCCUCUUUGUAUGCGUGCCUUGCAACCUUGCUGUCAAUCGUUACACCUGAAGAGCUGGUAGGAAAACGCGUUGGCGUGUUUUCAUACGGAUCAGGUUUAGCGUCGUCACUUUUCUCUUUCAAAAUUGUAAAACCCAUCACUCAAAUCCAUAAAAUAUUGGAUAUAAAAAAUCGCCUUAAUUCUCGUGUAAAAACAUCACCAGAAAAGUUUGAUGAAGUGAUGCGAUUGCGGGAAGAGAAUCAUAGCAAAAAAGAUUUUAACGUUGUGGGUGAUGGAAGUUCAGUCGAAGAAGCGUUCUUUGAAGGAACUUAUUACUUGGAAAAAAUUGAUGCAAAAUGGAGACGUUUCUAUAAGCGUAGAAUUUAA